AUGUUCUCUCUAUCCAGGCGUUCGUGGGCGCUCAGCUCCAAGGUUCUUGCCAGGUUCCUGAGCACCAGUGCAGCCCCCGUUUCGCAGACUCCAAGUCUCACAUUCGGCGAAGAUAUCACGGAGUUGGAGAGAAAAGACGAGAUCUACAUCAGACAGAGAAAGCUAGCGAUGGCUCAGGUCAAGGUCAAGUCUUAUGCCAACGGCCACUUGCAGCCAGGUUCCACUCACUAUAAAAAACCAGUGCAUGACCACCUUCACAAGGGUAGACCUAUCAGAGAGUUGACUGUGGCUAAGAAGCAGACCGCAGGUAGAAACAACACCGGCCACAUCACCAUCAGAGGCCGUGGUGGAGGACACAAGCGUCGUGUAAGACUUGUGGACUCCCAUAGACUUGUUGGCGGCAAGCAGACCGUGGUUCGUAUCGAGUACGACCCAAACAGAUCGGGCCAUAUUGCUUUGCUUAAGCAUAACCAGACAGGCGACUUGUCGUACAUUUUGGCUUCGUCUGGAUUGAGAGCAGGUGAUGAGGUGGAGUCAUUCCGUCCUGGAUUGCCUAGCGACUUCUUGCAGGAGAUGAACGAGCACAACAAUGGAGAAAUCGACGAGGCCUUAUUGAACUCCCGUAUCAUGCAGAGAGGUAACUGUUUACCAUUAAACAUGUUACCAGUGGGCUCCAUCAUCCACAACAUUGGUUUGCACCCCAAUGGUCGUGGACAGUUGGUCAAGGCAGCCGGAACGUUUGCCAGAUUGUUGUCCAAGCAUCCAGACAUGGGUAAAGUGAUUGUGAGAUUGAGUUCUGGUGAACACCGUUACGUUAACAUGAACUGCCACGCCACCUUGGGCAUUGUGUCCAACAAAGAGCACCAGGCCACCUCGUGGGGUAAGGCUGGUAGAAACCGUCACAGAGGUUUCAGACCUCAAGUGAGAGGUGUGGCCAUGAAUGCAUUUGAUCACCCUCAUGGAGGUGGUAGAGGUAAGUCCAAGUCCAACAAGGUAUCGCAGUCUAUGUGGGGACUUAAGAAGUUUGCUAAGACGAGAAAAUUCAAGAACGUGAACAGAUGGAAGGUGAAGGACAGACCAAGACGUUGA